CUCUCUCUUUCUCUCCAUCACUCCCUCUCUAUCUGUCCCCACCCCAGUCAUCCCUGUGCCAUUUCCCCCCAAUCCGACACUUAAUUGAGCAACCGGGACACCUCACGUGCAGGACUGAUUUGUAGUUUGAACACGUGGCUCAUUGAAAAAGGCAGAAGAACUUGGUUUUUUUUGUUUCCCGUUCUCUCGAUGUUAUUAAGAGGCGGCGCCUACACUAACGUGUGUGACAAUUUAGUCGCAUCGCCAAAGAAAAAAGAAACUUUCUCUAUUUCCUCCCAGCCCUUGUCUCGCAGAGGUGACGGAAUAAAUUAUUCAGCUCGCUUGAAUCAAGAGGAAACGCGAGUGCGCGCAACCACGGCGGCGAUCUCGUCCAUCAAAUAUCUCAGUAGCUUGGAGUGAUUGGGAGAACACUCCCAGACCCUCCGCUGAGCGACAGUGCGGUGCUCUCUCCAAACACUGCCCAUCCGAGCGACGCGAUAAAGGGCUGCCCCCUCUGCAACACGGUCGCUCAUUUUCGUAUACAACAAAAUGAAUAAGCUGUACAUCGGGAACGUGAGCGAGCAGGCGAGCGCGCUGGACUUGGAAAGUAUCUUUGAGCAGUGGAAGAUACCUUUCAGUGCUCCCUUCCUCGUAAAAAGUGGCUACGCGUUUGUGGAUUGCCCCGACGAGAAGGUAGCGAUGAGGGCCAUUGACACUCUUUCAGGGAAAGUAGAACUCCACGGAAAAGUCUUAGAAGUGGAGCACUCUGUCCCUAAGCGACAAAGGAGCUGCAAGCUGCAGAUCAGGAAUAUCCCACCUCACAUGCAGUGGGAAGUUUUGGAUGGGUUGUUAGCACAGUAUGGCACAGUGGAAAGCUGUGAACAAGUCAACACUGACACAGAGACUGCAGUCGUCAACGUGCGAUAUGGUGCCAAGGACCAAGCCAGAGAAGCAAUGGACAAAUUAAACGGCUUCCUCAUGGAGAACUACGCACUGAAGGUUUCCUAUAUCCCAGAUGAGACUGCUGCAGCUGAUGCCCCUGCUGUGGGUGGCAGGAGAGGCUUUAACCCACGCGGGCCACCUCGUCAAGGCUCUCCCAGUCUGGGCGCGAGACCUAAACUACAGUCAGACGUGCCUCUACGCAUGCUGGUGCCUACCCAGUUUGUAGGAGCUAUUAUUGGAAAGGAAGGUGCUACCAUCCGCAACAUCACCAAGCAGACUCACUCAAAGAUUGACAUCCAUCGUAAGGAGAACGCAGGAGCAGCGGAGAAGCCAAUCACUGUUCACUCAACACCAGAGGGCUGUAGUUCUGCCUGUCGAAACAUCAUGGAGAUCAUGCAGAAAGAGGCGAUCGACACCAAGAUCACUGAAGAAAUUCCUCUUAAAAUUCUGGCUCAUAAUAAUUUCGUGGGCCGCCUCAUUGGAAAAGAGGGACGCAACUUGAAGAAAAUUGAACAAGAUACUGACACAAAGAUCACAAUCUCACCUCUGCAGGAUCUGACCUUGUAUAACCCAGAGCGCACCAUUACUGUUAAAGGAACGUUAGAUGCUUGUGCAAAAGCUGAAGAAGAAGUCAUGAAGAAAAUCCGUGAGUCCUAUGAGAACGAUGUAGCUGCCAUGCACCUCCAAUCUAACCUGAUUCCUGGGCUCAAUCUGAACGCAUUGGGUUUAUUUCCUGGUGCAGCGAGUGGAGGGAUUUCACCCUCUGUGGUAUCAGGACCACCGGCUGGGGCUCAAGCUGGAUAUCAAUCAUUUGGGUGCAGCGGGUUUGAGGGUGAGGUGCCAUUUUGGGCCUCUACGCUCUCCUCCAGCAGUGGCUGUACAGCCUUUUCUCCUCAGAUGGAGUCGGAAACCGUGCACCUCUUCAUUCCUGCACUGGCAGUUGGUGCUAUUAUCGGCAAGCAGGGCCAACACAUUAAACAGCUCAGCCGCUUCGCUGGUGCGUCAAUCAAAAUUGCACCUGCUGACGGAAUUGAUGCCAAGCAAAGAAUGGUCAUUAUUUCUGGACCACCAGAGGCACAGUUUAAGGCUCAGGGACGCAUCUUUGGGAAGUUAAAAGAGGAGAACUUCUUUGGACCGAAAGAGGAGGUUAAAUUAGAGGCUCACAUAAAAGUGCCAUCAUUCGCCGCUGGCAGAGUCAUUGGUAAAGGUGGCAAAACGGUGAAUGAACUACAGAACUUGACCAGUGCAGAGGUGGUUGUCCCACGGGACCAGACACCUGAUGAAAAUGACCAAGUAGUAGUAAAAAUCACAGGCCACUUCUAUGCAAGCCAGCUGGCCCAGAGGAAGAUCCAGGAGAUAAUCUCUCAGGUGAGGCGGCAACAGCAGCCCAAGCCCUCAGCUGCAGGUCCACCAGUAGCCAGGAGGAAAUAGAGCCACUGCGUCUUCUCGGAAACUAACAGGACACUGGACGCGUCCAUCUCAGGGGUCAGGGAAUGUCCUUACAACCCUGCCCGCUGUUACACCCAUUCCUCCUGAAGUUUCAGUGAGAAUUGUGUACACCUGCACUUCCCCCUUCCCCACAGAAUUUCAAUCAAACCGUAGGAAACUCAGCCACCCAGUCCCUGCCUUAAUACAGUAACUGCACAGUCCCUAAUUGACAGAUGUUUGUUUUUGAGUUCAUUGGGAAAUGCUGAAAUUGAGGGUAAAAGGCGUUCAGAGCUUGUUUUUGGGGUAAGGAAUGGGUGACACGGAGUGGGGUUUAAGGUCUUUGGCUUGAGAUGGAAAGAGGAUUGUUGAUUGAAGCACGCUGUCCUGGGAUCCGUGGUGGCAUUUUAUAAAUUCUGAUGCAUUUUAUAGAAUAAUAGGUAAAUAUAUAUACAUAUAUAAAAUUAUGAAAGAAGGUGGAGCGACACUGCCACUUAUGACUGAGGGAAGUGUUGAUUGGUGUUGGCCAGGAAACCAAGUUAAUAUGCAUUUUACUGAUCUACCUCAGGCUAGAGUACCUCAGAAAAAAAGAAAAUGAUAUAUGAAAAAAAAUGUUCUGUUCUUUUUUUAUUUUGCUUUGUGGUAUUUUGUAUACUUUAUAAGGCUAAUAGUUCUUGAACAUUUUUAUUUUUUUAAGAAAAUGUAAAAUUUAUUCUGUAGUUAACGUUCGAAUCUCCAACUUUUGCCGUUUGCGUGCUCUCGAUGAAUAAUUGUAUGAGUUGGCGCACGUCGAUACGGUAAAAGAGCAGAGUUUGGGCUUCUAUGUUCUCUACAGAUAGGAGAAAGAAAAGAAAAGCGCCUCAGUGUCGCUGAGGAGCCACCACCCUCUGAACACCGUCAAGGUAAUGAGAAAUAACGUCAACCGUACAUACCGCAGCAAUGCCGUGCUAACAUGCUAGUAAUAACUGUCUCGGCGGUAGCAUACGAUUCACCCACAUUUCAUUACACUUCAGUUAGGGUUGGAUGCAAGCAAUAGAGGUCAGGGAUGACCAAGAUCCUGCUGUAACCUCUUUGACACCCCCUCAUCCUCAGCGCGCCUAGUUCUCUAUCAAAGUUUAAAAAAUAGUUAUAAUAACGGCCAGCCCGAUUGAGGUUGUUUUUUCUUUUCCCGUGCUAAUUUUUUUUCCCCAAAUAACGUGCGCCGUUUGUUCUCGAGACGGGCUUUUUUUUUCAUCAAACUGGGCUUUACCUGCCGAAGAUUUUCAGUGUUUAACGUCAGUCAAUGCAUGUCGGGGAGUUUCACUGUUCUGAUGCUUUUGCGUUGACCGCUAUAUAGGUUACAAUAGUCAAUGGCACGUCUUUAGGCUAACGAGCUGUAACAUAGAAAUAGACGUGCAAAUGGUUUCAUUUAUAACUUUCGUUUGUCAUUCAAAGUGAAAAAAGCAAAAAAAUACAUAUAUAUAAAAUGAACGUUAGCAAGGUAAAAACGUUUAGUAAAAAAAAAAUAAAGAAACCAAUAUUCCUUUUGUUUUCAUGCAGAAUGUAAAUAUGAUUUGAUUGUGGUAAAAGAGUGCAUCCAUGCUUCCACACUAGUAAGACCGUUGUCUACCUCAGCUGAGGAAACGGUGGGUGUCGGGAAUCCUUUCAUCUCACCGAGACCUCCAGCGCGCGCAGCGAUACCUCAAGUCCCUUGCGAACACUUCCGCACUGGGUAUGCGCAUGGCGCCGAGCGCUGACCAGAGGGGCACAAGUGAUCGUUUUGUUUUUCUUUCUACACUUCUCUUACACCGUUUUUGAUCUACCUCUUAAUAGGAAAGUAUUUAAAUUAGAGGCAUAUUGCUAUUUGUUAGAAUUUGUAGGGUCAUGUCCCAUCUGCCUAUUUCCUCACAGAAAAGAAAAAUCAUUAAAAAAAUAAUAAUGUAUGGCUAGACUUUAAAGAUGAAUGAGAAAUUUGAUUUUCACUUUUGCCUGCAAUUUGUCUUUGUUUUUGUUUUUUUCUCUCUCUCUGCUAAUUGAUUUGAAACCUCACCUUAUUGCUUUUUUCUGCUUCUGGUUUGAUGUGGCUUCCUUGUAUUGGGCUUUAUUUCUCGCAUAGGUAUUGUAUUAAAGGUCAAAGUGUUUCAUUUGGAAUCUGAUUAAUGACGGCUAUAGAAAAAGUUUGUUUUCAAGGGCCUGCUUCAUUUCUUGCUUAUGAAAUAUGAACAAUGAAGUCUUUAUUUUUUACAUUUUUCACGUCUUAUGGAUGCUACAGUUGUUUUUUUCCUCCAGAUUUCUUUUUGUUUUGACUGGGAUCUGAUCCAAUUCAUUUCAUGGCUGUGUUGUGUGGUGAGUCAUGUUUCAGUGGGAAUGUGAUGUGGAAUUCCGGAAGCUGGAAUAGUUCCGGGGGGAAAAAAGUGGUCUGACUUAAGCAUGAAAAGCAGCAUCCCCUCCGACCGUGCUUGUGCGCCCUCACACACCUCCACUUGUCAAAUGCCUCUGAUACAAAGAAAAUAAUUAAAAGUCAAGUUGGCUCCUA